AUGAAAAAAUUAUAUGGGGGGAUUGAAUUCGUUAUCCAAAAUCAAUCGAUAACAUUGAAUGGUGGUCUGUUUGUCUUAUUGGAAGACCUACUCGCAUUAGUUGGAUUACAUGGGUUUAAAAUGGGAUUUAAACAUGCAAAAUCCCCAUGUUUUUUAUGUACAAUUGCAAAUGAAAAUAUGGCAACAACAUCGUCGCUACAUGAAAUUGAUUUACGAACAAUUGAUACCUAUCAAGAACAAUGUGUAGAAAUUGAAACCACUAAUAAUCGUACAAUGAGAGAUGCAUUAUCAAAACAAAAUGGUAUUGUUCAAAAGUCGCUGUUAUGCGGAUUGCCCGGAUUCAACAUAUUUGAACAAUCAGCACUAGAUGUGGCCCACGUAUAUGGUAUAUGUAGAAAACAUCUUAAACUAUUAUUUUUAUCUUUAUCAGACAAAAAAGUGUUAUCACUUCGUGCAAUUAACAACGCAAUACUCAAUUAUGAUUAUCCAACAUAUGAAUCAACCCCAUCAGACACGUUUGACUUAACAACUUUGAAACAAGCACAAAUAUCAUUAUCGGCAUCGCAGAUGUUGACAGUGGUGAAAUAUUUGCCUUGUAUUUUGUCCAAUAUUAAACCAGACAUAUGGUCAAAUGAUGAAUGGAGAUGUUUGUUGCUAUUACAUGAAUUGUUAUUCUUCUGUUUCGCAAGUGAAGUUGAUGAAAUUAGUAUUAGUCAAUAUGGCGAUCUACUGACGUUAUUUUCAAAUAUUCGAUGCUCAAUACGGGCGGGAGAAAAGAAUUCUCAAAAAACAUUUCAGUUUACAUUUGUAAAAUCAAUUUUCAGCUUUGGGACCAGCACGUUAUUGCAGCACUCUUCUUUUGAAAGAAAACACCAAGCAAUAAAAGCAAGUGGAAGGAGAAAUUUUGUUAAUACUGCAUUUACAGCAAUUACCAGUUAUAUCGACAGAGAAUGCUCAACGUUAUUCGACGACAAUGGUAAUCCUACAAUAAUAAACUUCGGACCAAAAAUUGAAACGAAAAAACUGAAAACUGUAGAUGUAGGGAUGUGCAGUGCCAGUGUGAAACACUGA